CGGUGGCGGGAAAAGGCGGCGCGAGAAUGGAGUCGCAGGAGAGUCGUGGUGGCACUGCCGAGUGCGGGGCCCAGGACGCUGCUCCAGGCCCCAGCAAGGCCCCCGGCAGCGCCGGCCACUACGAGCUGCCGUGGGUUGAAAAAUACAGACCAGUGAAGUUGAAUGAAAUUGUCGGGAAUGAAGACACCGUGAGCAGGCUGGAGGUCUUUGCAAGGGAAGGGAACGUGCCCAACAUCAUUAUUGCUGGCCCCCCGGGAACCGGCAAGACCACCAGCAUCCUGUGUUUGGCACGAGCCCUGCUGGGCCCAGCCCUCAAGGAUGCGGUUUUGGAGCUUAAUGCCUCAAACGACAGGGGCAUCGAUGUUGUGAGGAACAAAAUCAAAAUGUUUGCCCAGCAGAAAGUCACCCUGCCCAAAGGACGGCACAAGAUCAUCAUCCUGGAUGAAGCAGACAGCAUGACUGACGGAGCCCAGCAAGCCUUGAGGAGGACCAUGGAGAUCUACUCCAAGACGACCCGCUUUGCUCUCGCUUGUAACGCUUCAGAUAAAAUCAUAGAGCCCAUUCAGUCCCGGUGUGCCGUCCUCCGCUACACGAAGCUGACCGACGCGCAGAUUCUUGCCAGGCUCCUGAGCGUCAUUGAGAAGGAGAAGGUCCGGUACACGGAUGACGGCCUGGAAGCCAUCAUCUUCACCGCCCAGGGCGACAUGAGGCAGGCGUUGAACAACUUGCAGUCUACUUACUCGGGAUUUGGCUUCAUCAACAGUGAGAAUGUGUUCAAGGUCUGUGACGAGCCCCACCCCUUGCUGGUAAAGGAGAUGAUCCAGCAUUGUGUGAGCGCCGACAUCGACGAGGCCUACAAGAUCCUUGCUCACCUGUGGCAUCUUGGCUAUUCCCCAGAAGACAUCAUCAGCAACAUUUUUCGAGUGUGUAAAACCUUCCAGAUGGCAGAAUACUUGAAACUGGAGUUUAUCAAGGAAAUUGGAUACACGCAUAUGAAAAUAGCGGAAGGUGUGAACUCCCUUCUGCAGAUGGCAGGGCUCCUGGCCAGGCUGUGUCAGAAGACAAUGGCCCCAGUGGCCAGUUAGAGCAGGAGCCUCUCUUGCUGGGUUACGAGAGUCCUUAUUGCUGAGAGUCACAGCCUUUGCUUUGGGAAAAGUGAUGCCCUGGACCAACCCUGGAGCGCAUCUUCCUGGUCUUCACCUUGCUUCCAGCACAUCUCCCCUGCUCGUGGAGUGUUCAGACUCAGCCUCAGACUCACGAUGGGGUGAGAGGGUGGGAGGAGACCCUCCAGGACAUGGCCCCCCCCGUCUGUGCUUGUGUUGGCAUUUUACUAAUAAAACUUUACAGUUUUGUGGCAGAAAGGUGGCAG